UAAGUUUCAAGCGCCGUCAUAGCUUAAUAUUACAGAGAAGAGAGGGAGAAGCAAGAGAGCUAGAGAGAGAGAGAGAGAGAGAAUUUGCCAAAAUGACAGCAGCGGAUUUACAGUUACCGCCAGGCUUCAGAUUCCAUCCAACGGAUGAAGAGCUUGUGUCACACUAUCUCUGCCGGAAAUGCGCGUCCCAACCAAUCGCCGUUCCGAUAAUCGCCGAAGUUGAUCUAUACAAAUACGAUCCGUGGGAACUCCCUGGUAUGGCGUUGUAUGGAGAGAAGGAAUGGUACUUUUUUUCACCGAGAGACCGGAAGUACCCGAACGGUUCGAGGCCGAACCGGGCGGCUGGAGCCGGGUACUGGAAGGCGACUGGAGCGGAUAAACCAAUUGGGCAUCCGAAACCGGUUGGGAUUAAGAAGGCUUUGGUGUUUUACGCCGGAAAAGCGCCGAGAGGGGAAAAAACUAAUUGGAUCAUGCACGAGUACCGCCUCGCGGAUGUGGACCGCUCAGCCCGCAAGAAAAACAGUUUAAGGCUUGAUGACUGGGUUUUAUGCCGCAUAUACAACAAGAAAGGAACCAUAGAGAAGCAACAAUACCAGAGCGGUUCGAACCGGAAAACAAGCUGUUUGGAAGAACCGGUUGAUAAGAAACCGGUGAUCCUAACACAAGGACGGAACGCCAUUCCUCCGCCAGCGGCGACCACCUCGGUUACUCCGGUGCCGACGGGGAUGAACGAUUACAUCUACUUUGACACGUCGGAAUCUAUCCCGAGGCUUCACACGGACUCGAGCUGCUCGGAGCACGUCGUUUCGCCGGAGUUCACGUGCGAGGUUCAAAGUGAGCCCAAGUGGAAGGAAUGGGAAAAAGCCCUGGAUUUCCCUUUUAAUUACGGAGAUGCCAUGAUUGACAACGGUUUUGGAUCGCAGUUCCAAGGGAGUAAUCAGAUGUCGCCGCUGCAGGACAUGUUCAUGUACCUGCCGAAGCCGUUUUGAAUAAGAACCGGAAGAUCAGGCUUUGUUUUAGAGAGAGUGUCAGGGAAAUGAUGGGGGUUUUGAGAGUGUGGGUCCGCCAAAUUUGUUUGUUAGCAAAAACGGUGCGUUGCACGGCAACACGAGACUGAAAGUCUAUGAGUGUGCCUUUGUGCGCGCAAAAAAGCAUAUAUAAUAUAUAAUAUUUGAAAGGAAAACUACGGCCUAGAAAUUAAAAAGACACCCAUAUAUAAUAUAAUUAUGCCAUUCUAUGGCUGGGAUUUAAUUUUUCACUCAAGUGGGGUCCAGCAUUUGGCUCUCCACGACGUGAUAAUGAUUGGUUGGUUGUAAUGGGUGAUUAUUAGGUAAUCGGACGGUGCACACUGAACUUGCUUGUAGUGGUAGCAUGUGUACAGUGUACAGCUCCGCUUAUGUAGAUAAAAUUUCGAUGUGUCUAUUUGUAUACACGUAAUUUUGAGAGGGCCUUUUUGAGGCUCUAUCGUAAUUCCAUCGUUUGUAGUUGAUCAGUUUUAUUAUAUAUUAACGUUCUUAUUUUUUAUUA